CUAAUAUCAUUUGAUAUUUUUGCCUCUAUUCAUUUAUGGAUUUUUAAUUCUAUUGCUUCAUCAUAUAACUAUAUUAUAUUCAAAACACAUUUUUAUACACUUUUAAAGGUGGUUGAUAAUGGGAUCACAAUAUAAAGGAUGAUAGGAUAUUACUAUGAAUAAAAUAAAAUAUCACAAGUCUGAAUCUUCCAAUCAGACUAAAAUUGACGCCGCCAAAUGGUAUCCCGAGGAAUUUAUGAUUUUGAUCGAUUUGGAAACCAGGGAAAUAGAGAUCGAAUUUACUCCUCCGCCUCUCUACUAUAGAUUGCGUUACUUCGAGCUUGAACUUUUCAGUGUUUGGAAUUCGGAAAAUAAAAAUUUAAAAAGGGAGGUUCUAGGAGACAAACAAGAGAGCAAGCUCAAAUAUCAAAUUAUCGAUGUUCAAUCUAUGCCAGACAAUGCAACCAUGGUCAAAUCAUUAUUUGAAAAAAUACCCCUUGGCACGUAUCAUAUCACCUUAUAUCCCUCGUCUUACGUAAAUGGCGAGUGCCUUUGCACGAUUGAAUACCUGCAAUGCUCCUGCUUGAUGAACGAAUCCAUAGAUUUUGAAAUGCCAGAUAUUCUUAACGACGCCGCCACAUGGGGUAAGUAUCAAAAUGUGGAGCUGCUAGGCCAUCCCACCACUCAAGGACCUCUAUCAUUAUUACCGAUCUCCCAGCAAACAUUGAUCACUAAAGAAGAUCGCCAUGCGCAUCAUUACAAUUAUGCAGAUAAUGAUACACGCUUAUCCGGCGAAAUGAAUGCGACACUAUACACUGUCCAUAGUUAUAGGGUUGUUUCCACCAUAAUUAUUUCUGAUAAUAAAGGUUGGAGGGAUUUUAACGCUUUUCGCAUAGAAUUACAUAGACUGGAGCAAUUAUCUUACAAUAAUACUGAUACAAUUGGGCACACUAGUAACUUUACGAAUUUUCAAUCUGAAAAUUACGAUAAUAGAGUUAAUAGAAAAAAUGACUCUCCCUCAUCUCCAAAUCAAACAUCCUUACCCUUUUCCUACUUUCUCAUUGAAGAAAAUUAUAGUAUCAUCGAUUUUACAAAAAUCAAUAAAACGGAUAUCAAUGUUAAUAAUGUCAAUAGCAACGAAUCCAUUACUCAUACCCUUUCCAUAAUUAACAACGUAUUAACGAGGGCUAAUGUGAGAUAUAGAUCAUAUAAACAUUUUUUUGACCCUUCCGCUUUGACUUCGAUAAAUGGAGCAGCUUCUAGACAUGGCGAAAAGAUUGACGAGGAUGAUAAAAAAAGCUAUGCAGGGCUAUCUAAACUUAAUAGAAAUCAGAAGGGCGAUUCUAUUGUCAGUCAUUCAAUUGUGGAAAAAUUAAAUGGACAAGAUAUAGUUCAUACUUUUGAAGACGUCAUCCCCGGAUUUUACUACAUAAAGAUAACACCCAUAGAACCUUCAAAUCAAUCUUGCUUUUGUAAAAUGAGUGUAUCCAAAAAUUGUAUACAGUGUUUACCAGCCACAUCAAAAACCUUAGACCUACCUCAUUAUACCAAUUUGCCAAAUAUCUUAAAAAAUCCCUUCAUGCCACCUGGUCAUCAAGAAAUAUUCCCGCACCAGCCUCUCUUUAUUACAACAUCCCAUGUUCAACGCAUAGCUAUUUUUUCUACCAUACUCCUCUUGAUAUUAUUGCUUUUGACGUUUAUAUACGCACGAAGGCUUAAUAGAAAAGACUGGGCUAGAAAGAGACGGUGCUUGGAUAAGUUAUUUAAAGCUUUCGAUUCAAAUUACUCAUACCAUGCAUAUGACAAAAGUAGGAGUAGUAAAAAUUAUUGCAAAACUAAUCUCGAAGACCCUAACAAUGAUUUGCCUUUGUAUCUAUAUUCCAAUUUUUCUACCGAUAUCAAUAAAGCUACCUUAAAAUCGCUGGAAUCUUCGGAAACAGAUUCUAAUCAAUGGCCCAAAGUUUUAAUAGUAUAUUACCCGGAUGAUAAAGCAUAUUCACAAUUAAUAUACGCUUUCUGUCGAUUUUUAUCGCUAUAUUGCAAAGUUAAACCCGUAGCCAUAUGUCAAAAUAUAAAAGAAAAUGAGAUGUGGUGUAUUGCUUUGGGGAAAUGGGAAUGGGUUCAGGCACAGUUGAAUGAUUGCGAAAAGGUUCUUUUCGUAAACUCACGAGGUGCUUUCAAUCAUUACCAAAAUCGUCUUUGUAACGGGAUUACCAAACCUUUGCAAAAUACUGAUUGUAUCUUAUAUGAUAAUAAAGGUUUAGAAAAUAACAUUAUUCAAACAAGCGAUAACAAUUUUACAUCAAAAAAUACAGUUGAUAAUAAUGCAGUUCCAGACUUAGAACUCGAACUUUGUCAGGCUUUGAUAAAUUCUCUUUUAGAUGCUUACUACACCGAAUGGGAUUACCCUAAUAAUUAUGAUCAAGAUAGAUGUUACAAAAUCUUUAAUCAGGAUAGGAAGACAAAAAAUAUACAAAGUCUCAUAAAAUUCAAGCUUUAUUCUUGUAAAUUUCGCCAAACCUCAAAGGUCAAUGUUAUAUCCUCUCUCACAUCUGGUUAUCUUUAUGAAUUAAUGGAUGAUAUUCAGGAAUUAUUAUGCACAAUUCAUGAUUUAAAUCCGAAAUCCCUCACGGAUCCUAAAGAUAAUAUACAAGAUCAUAAAUUCAAUAUGAAUUACCCCUGUCAUAAAGGUAAAAAUAAUUUAAAAAAAAACAAAAUUAACCAAAAUAACGAUAUUUAUGAUGGGAAAAAGAUGCAAGUAGGCACCAGCAUAUGGGCUAAUAAUCUUUAUUUCUCAAAAAUUUUUGGUUUUGAUAGAAAUACUUGGGGAUUUAAUUGCGGUAUUGAAGGAGCUCAACUUUUUCAAAGAACAUGCGCAAAAAAUUAAAAAUCCAAAUUAUAAAAUGAAAAAUAAACUACAGAAUUUAAUUUUGCGAUAAACUAUUGUAUAUUAAUUGAAUAUGGUAGAAUUUCAAUUCUUUUUGGUUCUUAAAAAUUUAUCAUAUUUUUGCUGUUUAAUGAUGUUCUGCUCUUUAUAUAUUGGGCUUUAAUCAUAGUUUUAUUAUUUAAUUAACAAAGAGUAUUUUGCACUUUUGAUA